AUCAACGGUUGAGGAACAGCAAAGCAAAUCUUGUGCGAGGCAAUUUUAGUUCACUCUUUCAUGCUAUAAAUAAACAGGGGCCUCAAAUUCCUUAACAGCCUCUUGAAUCUUGAUUACUUGGUAACAAUAAGGCCAUAGCCAUGACUUACUCUUACUAUGGCAGAAGAAACAACUCAAUCUUUGAUGUUUUCACUCUCAAUCCAUUACCAUACCCAGUUCUUCUAAUCCUGGCAGUUAUAUCAAUCUUUCUUGGGAUGUCAUGGUACUUCAGUUAUGAGGAAAUGGUGGAGGCUGCUGAGGAGCAAAUGAGUUGGGUUCUUCUGAUCAUACCACUAGUGAUACUUUUCGUUGUUCGUUGGUUAUCAUCUAUGGAAAAUCCUGACAUGCUCUUUGCCAAAUCACCAUGGGAAUGGAAACGGCAGACCCACCACCAUCCGCCGGAGGGGAGCUCUCCAUGGGGUGUGGCUGCUUUGAUUGUUUUGCUUCUUGUUUUGGUGCAAUUCCAGUCUGCUUUUCUUGAUAGUUGGUUUUGAAACUAUGUUGAAGAGUGAAGAAUAGCUUUGUUUUAUAUUUUAAACUUGGUAAGCUAUUAGUUAUCUUUUAUCAUAAGAUCACUUGGUUUUAUGUUUGUAUGAAAUAUAGAGAGAUUAAAUACUUACUUAUAUGUAGAUGCUAUGUACAUAUACAUUUUAUAGCUGAGGAUAUAUAAUUACCUUUGGCCAAAUUUUGCAUAUAAUAGAGAAUGAUGCUUUAAGUUUGUGUGAUUAA